AUGGAUGCUCGUGUUGACUCAUUAGAGAAGAGCCAGGAGGAAAUGCAUACAGAGAUGGAGGUAAUGCAUUCUGAAAUAAAAGAUCGUAUGGAUGGGAUAGAAGGUACGCUUGCCAAGAUGUCCGAGCUACUCUUUUCACUACAUGGGAAAAGGUCAGUAGAAUCUAGUGUUUCUCCUGUGGUUGCUGCGGGCGGAAAUUCCUCUUCAGAUAAUAUCGAUUCUGCACCGGUACCAUUGCACCAGGUUCCUUCGGUCAUUCCUUCGCUGCAGCCUGGCCGGUUGGAGAUUCCAACAUUUGAUGGCACAGAUCCGGUGGGAUGGCUAGCACGGGCAGAUCAGUACUUUGCCAUUCAAUGCACCCGUGAGGAUUUGAAAGUGCCAACAGCUUUCAUCAGUAUGGAAGGACCAGCACUUCAUUGGCUCCGUUGGCUUCAACAGCAACAUCCAUCUCUCACGUGGAGUCAGUUUACAACAGAGCUUUUGGAAGAAUUCGGUGGUGAACUUUCCGGGCCUCCGAUUGAACAAUUGGCCGCGCUUCGCCAAAUUGGUACUGUAGACGACUUUGCUAAUAUAUUUAGAGCCCGUGUUGCCCAAAUUCCAGGUUUAGCGCCUCAAAUUCAGCUAGGGUUGUUCCUCAAUGGACUGAAGCCGGCAAUCUGUGUGCGCCUCCGACCAAACGAUGUGACAGAUUUACGUACAGCAAUAAGGGUUGCACGUGCUGUGGAACGUGAAUUGGAGUUCCUCUCUUCUGGUCGUAUUCCGGGACGAGUGGUUGAUGAAGAUGACAAUUCUUAUAAGAAGAAGACUUCUGCUGGGAUUGGAUGGUCUUCUGGGCCUACUAAACAUUCUUCAGCCCAUUCUUAUUAUGAAUACACCACAGAAGCAGGCUCGCCAAUUCUCCCACCGCGAGUAUAUGGAUAUGAGAAACAAGGUCUCUGCUUUCGUUGUCAGCAACCCUACAGUCCGAUGCAUGUAUGUCCGAAUAAGUCUCUACGAACUCUCAUUGCAGCAGAAGAUGAGGGGGAUGAUGCAGGUGAAGAACCAUCCGAAUUGGAACGCAUCGACUCAGAGCACUUGCAACCAGAUACAGUGCAAUAUUCAUUUUUGGACCUUCCAUUGACAGCCCUUGGAGGAAUCGAUGGCCCAAAAACCAUGAAGUUUAGAGGCCAAGUUGCAAGUACAGAGGUCAUCAUUAUGGUGGACAGCGGUGCUAGCCACAACUUCAUCUCUCAUAAUUUAUCUACCAAGUUGCAGUAUCCAUUGGAACCCACACAACAAUUUGGAGUCAAGUUAGGGGAUGGUCGUCGGGUUGAAUCCAAAGGCAAAUAUUUACAGUUACCAAUUAAUUUGGGUCCUGUCACAAUGACAUUGGAUUGCUUUGUCUUCCCAUUAGGAGGUGUUGAUAUGAUCCUUGGAGUCGCAUGGCUAGAAACUCUGGGCAAUAUCAAAGCAAAUUGGGCAAGAAUGACUAUGACUUUCAAAGUUGGGGAUCGCCUUAUACAGCUUAGUGGGGACCCGUCUUUAUCUCGACUUCCUGUCUCUGUCAAUGCAUUGGAGAACCCAAGCGAUGUUGAUUUCAGUUGUAUAUUGUGGGAGAUUACUACUCUGCCUUCAUCGAACAAUGAUGAUAUAGAGAUUUCUAAUUCCCAACACUCUCAACUUCGUAAUUUAUUGCAGCAGCACUGCCAAGUUUUCGGUGAUCCGCAGGGUUUACCUCCUUCUCGGGCUAAUGAUCAUCAGAUUGUUUUGAAGACAGGAACAACUCCAGUAAGUGUUAAGCCUUACCGCUAUGGUCAUCAUCAGAAAGACGAAAUAGAACGAAUGGUUGGUGAAAUGCUUGCAGCAGGAAUUAUUCAACCUAGUUCCAGUCCAUUUUCUAGCCCGGUGUUAUUGGUGAAAAAGAAAGACGGUAGUUGA